GGCCAACAGUGCAAACCAUGAUGCCACCAACAGGAGGAGCACCACAACCCCCUGCUCAACAAGUGGUGGCCAUGACGAGAGAAAAAGUGCAGAGGAUGGUGGCCGACGCGGCGGCUCAGGCUGUGCAGCAAGCCACUCACCAGACAUCCCAGGCUGCCACUGCGCCGACAACGGUGCAGGGAACACAAGAUGAGGACGUGUCGAGUUAUGGCGGAGGAGGCGAGUAUAGAGAUAGAGCUAUGGAGAGGAUGGUCGAACAGCUUAGGCAAUUGCAGGAGAAGGUGGAAGGGAGGCCAGAAAGACGUGCUCGAGGACACCCAUUCUCGAGGGAAAUUCUAGCUGCGCCAUUACCUGCAAGUUUUCGGGAGAUAAACCUGAUUUUCGAUGGAUCGAGUGACCCGUCGAGGCACGUGAGAGCAUUCGAAAACAUGUCCGUCUUACAUGGAUACUCAGAUCCGGUCAACUGCAGGGCCUUCUUGUCGACCUUACGAGGAGGUGCGCUUGACUGGUUCCACCAAUUGACUCCGGGCUCGAUCAGAGACUUUGAGGACUUCGCAGGACAACUUACUAAUCAAUACUCAAGUGCG